AUGGACACCCCCGGGCCGGCCCCGAUGGCGGCGCCGCUGCUGCUCUGGGUGGUUCUGCUGCGCUGGGCCAGCGGCGGGGGCUUCACCCGGGCGGGCAGGACCUGGCAGCACUGCACAGACCUGCGCCCGCUGGACGUGCUGUCGGAGGCGGUGCCGCCCGGGGCGCUGGCCCGGGGCAUGCGGGUCCUGCAGGUGCAGGGGCUGCGGGGGUUGCAGCUCUCGGCGUCGCGGCCCCGCGCCCUGGCCUUCCCCGCCUCGCGGCUCUUCAUCCACUGCGACCGCUUCCCCGAGGAGUUCUCCAUCAUCGUCACCCUUCGGGCGCUGCGCCGCCCCGCCAAGAGGAACGAGUACAUCUUCACGCUGAUGGUGGAGGAGAGCCCCGGCGUGCUGGUGGGGAUGCGCUACGCCCCCGACAAGCUGCACUUCAUGUUCUGGAGCCAGGAGCGCGCCGGGGGAUGGCAGAGCCGCGUCACCUUCCCCAACGUGUCCCUCUCCGACAGCCGCUGGCACACGCUCGUCCUGGCCGUGUCCGGACAGUCCUUCUCCUUGACGGUGGAUUGCAGCGUGCCCAAGGACGUGGUGGUGGAGACCCCAUUUCCAGCCUCGCUGUCGGUGAGGAGAGCCAGCUUCUACCUGGGCAACAGGAGGAGGAGGAAAGGCGUGUUCACGGGCUUGCUGAGGCAGCUUGUGCUGCUGCCAGGAGCUGAUGCCACCCCCCGGAUGUGCCACGGCCUGAACUUCAAAGUGGCAACGCUCUCUGUGCCCAGUGUCCUCCAGGAUGUCCCUGCAAAGGCAGUGAGCAACGAGGUGCUCAAAUACCCCUACGAGACUGACAUGAAAGUGACCCUGGGGGCCCGGCCCCGCUGCUCCAAGCAGGAGAAGGCUCAGUUCUGGUUCAACGCCUCCCGGCGAGGGCUCUACCUGUGCAACGGCAGCACCUGGCUCUCCAUGCUGGAAGUCCAACCCAGGCUGGACUACGUGGAGGAGCACCAGAAGCUGGUGACCAACUCAGAGACCAUGGGCGUUGAGGUGUUCACUAUCCCCAGGCUGGGGCUGUUUGCAGCCACGGCCAACAGGCUGACACCCCCGGGGUCAGCCAUCUACAGGUGGACUGACGGCAAGUUUGUGCACUACCAGAACAUCCCCACGCACCAGGCACAGUCCUGGAAGUAUUUCACCAUUGGGAAGAAGAUCUUCCUGGCAGUGGCCAAUUUUGAGCAGAACGAGAGGGGCCAGGAGUUCUCAGUGAUUUUCAAGUGGAGCCGCAGGAAGGCGAAGUUCCUGGCGUACCAGAGGAUCAGCACGCACAGUGCCCGCGACUGGGAGGCCUUUGUCAUCCAGGGAGAGGCUUUCCUGGCUGUGGUCAACCACAGGGAAGGGAACAACCACAACAUAGACAGUGUGAUAUACAGGUGGAACCCCAGGACAGGGCUGUUUGAAACCAACCAGACCAUUCCUACCUCUGGAGCCUACGACUGGGAGUUCUUCACCAUUGGGCCAUAUUCCUUCCUGGCUGUGGCCAACACAUUCAAUGGCACCUCCACCAGGAUCUACUCACACAUCUACAUCUGGCUCAGGGGCUCCUUCCAGCUCUUCCAGUCCAUCCUGACGUUUGGUGCAGCUGACUGGGAGGUUUUCCACAUUGGGGACAGAGUGUUCCUGGCUGUGGCCAACAGCCACAGCUAUGACAGCGGGAUGCCAGCACCCUCCAACUUCUAUGCCAUCAACUCCUCCAUCUAUGAGCUGAACGUCACAGCCCAGAUGUUUGUUAAAUUCCAGGACCUUCUCACCUACAGUGCCCUGGAUUGGGAGUUCUUCUCGGUGGGAGAUGACUCUUUCCUGGUGGUGGCCAACUCCUUCGAUGGCUUCACCUUCUCUGUCAACAGCAUCAUCUACAGGUGGCAGGGCUACGAGGGCUUCGUGGCAGCGCACCAGCUGCCCACGGUGGGCUGCCGGGACUGGGAGGCGUUCCACACCGCCGAGGGCUCCUUCCUGCUCUACUCCAGCGCCAGGGAGCCGCUCUCCAAGGUGCUCAGGCUGAAAACCACCUGA